CACCAUCACAAUGUCACAGUGAUGGAUCUGUGUAGCCUUCUCUUCAUCUUCCUGUUGAUGAAACUCUCAGGUACUCAAGAUGUCACCACGGUCAGAAAAAUAUCUGUUCAGAGAGGAAAAUCUAUCACAAUUCCUUGUUUAUAUAGACAGGAAUAUACAUAUUCAUACAAGUACUUGGGGGCUGGAUACUCUUGGCAUUUUAGUAAUUAUAUAGAGACAUCUGACCAUCGAUAUAAUCAUAAAACAGUUUUCAUCUCUGAUGACACAUCACACAACGUCUUUACUGUACACAUGAAUAAUAUUCAAGAGUCUGGUCAUUACUGGUGUGCUGUCGAUAUUCCUUAUGGUUGGGACAAACGGGUAGGAUUUUUCUUGGAAGUCACAGAAGGCCCUCCCAGACUUCAACUGGACAAUCAGAGGCUAACAAUUUCUGAGAAUGGUAGCGUUACCAUCAGAUUCUCUCAUCAUGGGUUUACUCAAGGUAAUAUAAAAUGGUGUAAGUUGGGAGAGCACUGCAUGGAAGAGAAAUAUGGAACCUUGAAUGGAGCCUCUGUUUCGAUCAGAAAUGAUCAGGAAUACAUUAUUGUUACCAUGAGCAACCUGAAGAAGGAGAGCACAGGAUGGUACUCGUGCUCAGUUGGGGACCUACAGAUGCCUGUUCAUAUUACUUUAGAACAGAAAAAUACUCUAUCAACUCUAUCUACCACAACGCCACACAUGAUAGUAACAAACACCGUUCGGAUGAGGACUGCCAUGAUUAUUGAAGUCUUCCUGCUCAUGAUAAUUUAUGGAGCUUUUAAACUAUUCAAAGUAUACAGAGAAAGAUGCUUAAAAUCUACAAAUCAAGCAGCAGAGGAAAGUCACUACGUAAUAAUGCACAGGAAACGAUCAUCACAUUCACAUGGCUGUGCAGCUACUGUUGAAAGAGCAUAUGAAAAUAUGGCUGGACUCAAAAGAAACACUGAGUCACAUUGCUGUGCUACUGGUGAAAGAACAUACGCAAAUACAGUUGGACUCGAACGAAACAUCAAGCUACCUGCUUCUGGUAAUAAAUUCACCUGCCCUUCUGUGGUCAAGAACAGUGAUCUAUAAAAUAUGCCCCUGAUAAAAUAUGUGAAUGUUGUGGCGACAUGAUAACAGGUCUCUAUCUAUUCUUUUUUACUUAUCUUCCACUGGGCAUAAAUACAGUUGUUACAUCAUCAAAUCAGAUACUAUUCAAGAAUGAGAGAUCAUUUAAUUGAGCAAUCUGUAUCUAUUGCUCAACACAUUUCCACUUAUAUUCCACUAUAAUGUGCAUAUUUUUUAAUAUUGUAUGUCCAAAAAGAAGAAGUAUAAGUGUUGGUCCCGUUUUUGGUACAAUUGAAACAUUAACGUAUCCGUAUAUAUAAGUCAGGCAUAUGAGGGAUCAUUUGAAAGCUUAGAAUCUGACCUUUUCAGAGAUAACCAUCACUUCUGCAUUUAUGUUACUUAAAAAAAGGCCUAAAAGCAUUUGUGUUGAAAAUUAGUUUGAGAAAACAAACCUACGAAUGGCUUACUUAUAGUUGUUUCUUCAAAUUAAGUUGGGAUAGUAGAAAGAAUUUUAACACUAAAUAAGUUACAUACUUCAGCUUUAAUCUUCAGCACCAAAUUUGAAAAAUGAACAAAUAAACUACAAAAACACACAUUAUGAUAAGGAUGUGAUAUUUGACAGCCCACAUUGACCUGUUGUUGGUGUUAAAACAAAACCUUUAAAGCAAAAAUGACCAAAAAUGUGUUUUUCUAAACCUUAAUGAUUUGAGGUGUCACUUCUAUGUUUAUCUCAUUGUAGCAGUCCACCAUCCCAAUCACCAGUCUUUUAACUGAGCUUUUGUCACUGAAGUGCUGUUUUAAAUAGACUGUAUGUAGACAGAAAUAUUGUAUUUAUGUUUAUUUUUUUAUGAAUGAUACCAACAUUUGAACUUGAACUGAGGUACUAGAUGCUAUAUGCAAUGUGUUAUGACCCCUUUAUGUAUCAGAAAUGCUCUACUCAUGCAUUUCCAGUUAUUGCAAUGAGGUGAAUUAGUUAGUACAUUUUUUGUGUUGUACUAAAUAUUAGUAAAUAUUAAACAUGAAAACACAGCUGUUGAUAUUACUGAAAAUUAGAAGUCCUCAUGUUAGCUAUAGAGCUAACAUGAGGACUUAAUCACAAACUAAGAAAUUGUGGUGGUUUUGCAUUGUUUAACACGUUUUAGGCAUCAUCUGUUUUGUACGUUUCAUUGUGAAUAGCUUUGAUUAUACUUUCAGUUUUGCUAUUUAUCUCCACUCUAUAAAUCUGAUUUAAUGUAAUCUGUAAGAGGGGCUGAAAUUUUGUGCUAUUAAUGAUGUGAAUAAAUUGAUUUGUGUCAACACAGCAGAAUAAAACAGCUGAAUAUAUCGUGAACUUUGGACUGCUGAGUGGAUAUGAAUGCAUAAAACAAAGUAAAAAUGAUUGCUGAAAAAAAGAGAAAAAAAAAUCAGCCCCCUUCAUCUGCAUGUGAGGAGGCCUACUGUACAUUUACCCUAAUUUCUGUGGCAGAACAUGUAAUUACAGAGUCAUUCCUCAAGAGGGCCUCAAAGAUGUUUACUUUGAGUGACAGAGUGUUGUAUGUGUAAACGAAUUUGUGUGUUUGUGGGGGGGUUGGCAG